GGAGGAGGUAGACCGCAGACCGAUCCGGAGGGUCCGGUCCAAGAGUGACACGCCUUACAUCAACGAGGCGAGGAUCUCUUUGCACCUGGAGACAGAGCAGCAGAGGGCGAGAAGGUCCAGCCCUGCAGUCCAGCUCGAACAUGGCGGGCUUUGGAGGCGAGGUGAUGUAUUCAUGGUCCGCGUCCAGACCCGGAUCCGGAUCGACCACCGACCACUCUUUAGCGGCUGCAGCGCCCGAGCAGCAGAAAGCGAUGAAGAAGAGGAGGAGAGCUUUCUGCCUGACCGGGAUGAAGUCCCGCAACAGACCGCAGCAGCAGCAGCGUCCACCCGCCGCACACAACAACAACAUGCCGUUCAUGAUCCACUGCCAGAUCGGAAAGGAGAUCAAGCACAUCUGCAGCAACUGCCGGGGAGCAGAACCGCUGGACGCUGAGGAAGUGGAGAGGCUGGCAGCGAUGCGCUCCGAUUCGCUGGUUCCAGGCACGCACACGCCUCCCAUUCGGCGGCGCAGCAAGUUCGCCAACCUGGGACGUCUGUUCAAACCCUGGAAGUGGAGGAAGAAGAAGAGUGAAAAGUUCAAGCAGACCUCUGCCGUGUUGGAGAGGAAAAUGUCCACUCGCCAGAGCAGAGAGGAGCUCAUCAAGAAGGGAGUCUUGAAGGAGGUUUAUGAGAAAGACGGCGCUUGCUCGGCUGUACGGGAGGAGGUGAAGAUGGAGAACGGGCGUUCUCCGGUGCUCGGCUCCGGCCUGUCAGAGCCUGAAGGUACUGAGCUGAUGGAAGGAGCAGCUGCAGCUGUAGGCUCUCUGGAGUUUCAGAUGUCGGGCGAGGGUGCGUGUCAACAGGACCACACCCAAAAAUCCAUCCAGGCUCCGCCCACAAAGAAGUCCAGUGUGUAUCCGGCUGACAGUGCUGAAUCGCCGCUCUCCAGACCUCCAACGCUACACAAACAACCUCCUGCGCUACCACCCAAACCCUUCAACAGGCUACCUAAUCACAUUACAGACGGUGCCCCGGUGAAGUUGCCGUGUAUGUCGAUGAAGUUAUCUCCUCCUCUACCUCCAAAGAAGCUCAUGAUCUCCGUACCUGCAGGGAGCAUGGAGCCCUCUUCGCUCGCCUUCCAAAAAUGCCCCGCCCCUCCCAGCCAUGCUCCAAUGGGCGGGCACUCCCUGCAGUACGGGACGCUACCUGUCCCCCUCCACCCACCCAGCCGAAUCAUAGAGGAGCUCAACAAGACGCUGGCCCUCACCAUGCAGAGGUUUGAGAGCUCCAUGAUGCACGCCGUUCCCACGGUGAUGAUCGAGUGCGAUGACAACAAAGAGAACCUCCCCAACGAGGCCGACUACGAGGACCUGCCCGGCAUGUACAAGGACGAGGAAGAGGAGGACGAGGAAGAGGAGGACGAGGAGGAAGAAGACGACGAGGAGGAAGAGGACGACGAUGAGGAAGACGAGGAUGAUACAUUGUUUACAAGCACACUGGCCAUGAAGGUGUUACGAAAGGACUCUCUGGCCAUCAAACUGAGUAACCGUCCAUCAAAGAGGGAGCUGGAGGAGAAAAACAUCCUGCAGCUGCAGUCGGACCAAGAGAGACUCGAGUCUCGACAACAAACAGCCACCAAACUGACCAGGCGGUUGAGUCAGCGGCCGACAGCAGAGGAGCUGGAGCAGAGGAACAUACUCAAACCUCGGAACGAUCUGGAGGAGCAGGAGGAGAAGAGGGAGAUCAAGAGACAUUUGUCCAGAAAGCUCAGCCAGAGGCCCACAGUCGAGGAGCUGAGGGAGGCGAAGAUCCUCAUCCGCUUCAGUGACUACGUGGAGGUGGCAGAGGCUCAGGACUACGACAGGAGAGCAGACAAGCCAUGGACCCGGCUAACAGCUGCUGAUAAGGCUGCCAUCAGGAAGGAGCUGAACGAGUUUAAAAGCACAGAGAUGGAGGUGCAUGAGUCGAGCCGUCAUUUUACCAGGUUCCAUCGGCCAUAAAAUGAUCCGGUCAGACGUCGGCUGUGGUUUUUAUACUCCCACACUGAGCCUCGGGUGUUCAGACCUGCUACCUGCUGCCCUCCCACUGCUACCUGCUCCUUUUUUCCAGCGUCUGCGUCAAACUGACGGACAUGGACACGGACACGAACGCAGCCUGCGUGCUGCGGCCGUCACGGAAAAACGGGAGCAAACACUUAAGAGACGUACAGAUGGAUUAAACUCUCAACCGGCACCUCCCCUCAGCGGAGAUUUUACAGAUUUCUUGAUAUUCAAAAGCUUUUAUUUGUCAUUUUUUUCACCCUGAAGAGGUGGCGAUCUGUUUACUUUGCAGCACUCUUUGCUUUUUUGGACGUCAAACACAGAAUCUGUGCCAAUUUUCGAGGCCGUGAACAGCAGGAGGUGAAGAUGGGACUUUUUGUUUUUCUUGCCUUUCACCAGGUUCUCACUCUCCUUUCUCGACGUGACUUCAUCUUUCCUCGGGGAGAGGCUUGCGUUGGCACUCCACAGAUGACAUCUCAACGAUCGCUUUCUCAUUUUGCCAGAGGAAUUCAAAUAUUGACAGCAGCUUAUGCUGUCGCAGGCAGCUGAAUCUAAAAGCCAAAAUGUCGUUAAAAAAAAAAA